AUGUAUGUGAAAUGGUUUGAUACAGUAAUGUUUUACUAUGUGAUUUUAGUGAAUGUCACUUUAAAAUUUUUAAAAUUUCCCUCCAGUUGCAUCCCCGUUUGUCCUGACGUCGCAGGGAACGGAACACGGAAGACAGAUGCCAGCAUUGGCCGGAGGACAUUGCCAGGGACACUGCAGUGGGGACAUCACAGGAGCGCAGGACAAGGUAAGUGCAGAAGAGAUCCUGGAGCAACGCUGCAAAGUAUUGUAGCUCGGGGUUACCGCUUGUGCUACACUCGGGAAUACCUCCAGGGAGGU